AGCCCUGAUCCGCGCAUGCGCAACAGUGCCAAACACAAAAUUGGCACCAGGUGCGGCAGAUUGCCCGCCAGUCUUGCGGUAUUGCGGCAUACGGCUCGUGCUAGAGAUUGCGGUAUUGCCGCUGGUGUUGUCAUGAGAGUGAUCUUCCCCUCCGUGUGGGUCUUACUAGCUGUGUUCUCUCCGCGCGCGUGUCCCGAGAUCGGUCCUUCCGACCCGCCCGAGCUGGAGAGCGGAGCGGACGGGGAGUACCGGCUAGGUCCGCCGUUCCUGCAGCUCCCGGUGUUCCUGCACUCCCGCGUUCCCCUGCUGGACAUGGCGGAGCUGUCUCCCGCGCGCGCCCCGGGGCUCGACCGGCUCCCCCAGCGCGUGAGGGAGGUUCUGGUCCCGAUUCCGGAGCUCUCGCAACGGGGCGGAAUCGAGUCCGGGCCGAGCCGCCUGCGCGUGGCCUGCAGCUCUAAACAGAUGCGCGUGAAGGUUUCCCGGGAGAUGCCUGGCUCCGGGGGCGCGCUGAGAUUGGGCACGUGCGCCGCGAGCUGGUCCACUGAGCAACACCUGUACUUUCGGUACGAACUGCACCAGUGCGGAACCAGAACCCAGAUUAUCAAUAACAGGGUGGUGUUCUCCAACACACUCCACUACACCCCUGACGAGACUCAGGGAUCUACAGGAAGCUCCUCUGCGUUCUCCAUACCCGUUCAAUGCCAUUUCAACAGAUUUCACUACUCCUACAAAAUCGGUUAUGUUCCACAAGUCCAAACACAGCGACUCUUCAAACCCAUAAAGCCCCAAGGUGGCAUCAGACUGACCUCACAUGAUGCUCAGUGGAACAGACUGGACCCCGCUGAAGGAUACGUCAUCGGGCAUCCCAUGUACUUUGAAGCUGAAGUUGGCUCUGUUUCAGAGGGCGAAAGGUUAUUCGUGCAGUCGUGUCACGUGACCGUCAAUAGCUCUCACAUCUCCACACCAAGAAUCACCAUCAUCGACAACUACGGAUGUAUGAUUGACAGUAAAAGCACGGUUGGGUCGAGAUUCAUAAAGAGCAGCAGGAGGAACGCAGUGAGGUUCUCUAUAGAUGCAUUUGUGCUGAAGGGAAAGCAGGCAAAGCAUCUGUACAUGCACUGUGAACUGUCUGUCAGCAGUGAGAAUCCAACAGAAACGUCAAAGUUCUGCAGUUAUAACCGGACCACAGACAGGUGGGAGGAACUCUACGGUGAUGAUGCAGUUUGCUCCUGUUGUAACGCCACGUGCCUCCCUGGCGCCCCCCCUGCAGCCGCCGGAGGAGACACCAGCGGGCCGAGGUUGAUGGUGGUGGAUGAAUACAUCAGAGGCAGAGAAAGUGUGGAAAUCUUAGUAGACCCCAAUAAAGCAGAGCCUCCACCAACAGCACCGAGGACGAAGGGGGAGGAGCCUCGCCGGAUGUUUGAGAAGGUGUUCGGACUGGACUGAUUAAUUCAAUUAAACAAAAUAGGACUUCUGACUCAGGUUAUCUUCAUUUAAUGAUGCAGGAUGACUUAAUGCCAAUCAAAUGGCGAUAAAAUUCUAAAAUUCAGAAAAACUGCUGAUUCUGUUUUGUAUCAAUGUACCAAACCAAGCUGUUCACUGUGACUUAAAGCAAAAUUCGAUUAAAAUCAGAUUUAUACAGCC